UUGCCUCCGGGGAGGGAUCAAGUGGGGAUAUGGCCAUCACUGCCUCCUCCGCCCCCCUUAUCUAAAUGGCCCAGUGACCUUGCUCCCCCAGGAGGAGGGAGCACCCGGCCCUCGGACCAUUCCAGUGGUUUGGCUUCCCCUCCUUUCACCUGAGGAAUGAGGUGGUUCAAAGACCCAUAAACAGGAAGGAGGGGAUGAGAACACCAAGUCCUGCACGUUGAAAAACUGGCAGAGGGAGGGUCCUUCCCAGCAGCCGGGCCCGGGCCGUAUCCCGCAGGGGGUGGGGGAGGCGGGAAGGAGGGAGGACCAGAGGUAGGAGGAAGAGCGCGCAGCUCCAGCCUUCUCGGCUCCCGGCUCCCGGUUCCCACGUGGCCCGCACAGCUCAGAGGUGGGCUGGCGCCCGCAGCCCCACAUCCAGCUCUGAAGGCGUUCGCUUCCCCGGCCGUCCUGGGCACCCCCCUCGGGCGACCGGCCCAGCUCGGAGCCGGAGGGGGCUGGGGCAGCCCGUCCCUGCCGAUCCCUCCCCUUCCCGCUCGCCCGCCCCCGCACCAGCUCUCCCAGGGUUCGGAUAACACCGGGCGCCGACCCGGGGGCGGGGCCUUCACGUCACAGCCCCAGGGGUAGAAAAGGGACCGGUUUGGGCUGCACCGACCCGGUGAGAGUCUGACAAGCAUCUGGGCCGUGGGAAGCUGGGGGGAAAAGCCAAGGAAGCAGAGGAGUAUGAGAGAGUGAGCGAGGGAGUCCCAGAGCCAGCGAGCAGCACCAGUGUCCCAGUUCCCAGCUCGUGCCGGCCCUGGGUGCCUGUCCUAGCCCAGCACUCUCGCUGCCCCAGGUGCGGGCUUCCGUCCUGCAGGCGCGCGCAGCCCAGGGCUCGGCCCUUGCCUGCAGGUGCCCGCCCGGCUCCAUGAGCACCGCGCUCUACAGCCUCGACAGCCCGGCAUGCUACAGAAACUGGUCUAUGGAGCCGGCCAACUUCUACGAGACCAAUAAGGGCGGUGGCGGCGGCGGUCCUGGGGGUCUGGGAUCCUCCUGCAAGCCCGGCCGGGGCCCCCAGAGCGGCAGCGAGGAGCACGGGGGCAGCGGCGGCGGCGGCGGGGGAGGAGGAGGAGCGGGAGGCGGUGGCGGCGGGGGCGGCGCUAACCUGGCGGAGCUGAGCGCGGCUGCCCCGGCCAUGUACGACGACGAGAGUGCCAUCGACUUCAGCUCCUACAUCGACUCCAUGUCCUCCGUGCCCAACCUGGAGCUGUGCCACGACGAACUCUUCGCCGACCUCUUCAACAGCAAUCAAAAACCCGACCGCGGGGGUGGCGCGGGAGGCGGCGGGGCCAGCCACGCCAGCGCAGGGGACUACGAGUACCUGCCCGGGCACCCCGCGCACCCCCACCCCCAGGCGCAUAAGGACUUCGCCAGCGCCAUGGCCAGCCUCUUGGGCGCUGGCACCAGCGCUUCCCCGCCGGGGGCUCUGAAGCAAGAGCCCGACUGGAGCGACAGCGACAUGUCGUCGUCCUUGCUGCCCUCGCAGAUCGCCACCUGCGCGCAGACCAUCAUGAACCUGUCGACUGCCGGACAGCCCACCCCGCCCACCUCCCCGGAGCCUUCGGGCUGUAGUUCCAGUUCCAGCUGUUCCAGCGGUCGCUCCCCCUCGGCGCCGGCGCCGCAGCCGCCACAUCUAAGCAAGGAGAAGGGCGGCGGAAGCGGCGGCAAGAAGUCUCUGGACCGGUUCAGUCCCGAGUACCGGCAGCGGCGGGAGCGCAACAACAUCGCUGUGCGCAAGAGCCGGGACAAGGCCAAGAAGCGCAACCAGGAGAUGCAGCAGAAGCUGGUGGAGCUCUCUUCUGAGAACGAGAAGCUGCACAAGAAGAUCGAGCAGCUGACCAGGGACUUAACGAGCCUGAGACAGUUUUUCAAACAGCUGCCCAGUUCUUCCUUUCUUCAGGCCGGCACAGCCUCCUCGGGCAUUGACUGUCGGUAACUGGGAGCCAAGCGGGGGUGUCGGGAGCUGUCGAGGGGGACGGGGAACGGGGCCGGGGUUGGGGGGCGGCGCGGGAUAAAGGAGCGGGUGGGAAGAGGGACAGAGACGAUUAGUGAAACUAUCAAUACCUCAGAGACUCCAAAGAUCACCUUGUAGCAGAAAGUACCUACGUGUUUUCACAGCCUGUUCUGUGGCAUGCAGCAAGAAACGUGAAAUUGUUGCUGGUUUUGUUUCUUUUGAACGCGGUAGCUGGACGAAGCUACACUCUGGAUAAACUCGAAACCAAAACUGCAAGAGAAGCUAUAAAAUGUUUUCCUUAAAUUAUUUUUGUAAUGGUAGCUUUUGUCUGUCUGUUUGUUUUUCUACAUCUUACUCCCGUUGAUGCAGCUAUGGUACAUUUGUAAAAAAGAAAAUGGUUAAAAAAAAAACACCCAACAACCCAACCUUUGUAUUGUAGAUAAGAGGAAAAGCCUGAGCAUGCUCAACUUUUUAUAUUAAUUUUUACAGUAUUUCUAAGAAUAAAAAAAAGCAUUUUAAAUCA